UAAAAGACGGCUUUAAUCAAGUUGGUGUGCAUUAUCUCAUCUAAUUCAUGCCAAACCCUAGGAGAUUGAUCAUAGUGGUAUUAUCCCCACUUUACAGAUAAGGAAACGAGGCAAGGGGAGGUGGCCGUCUUGUCCCAUGUCUCAAGUAACAAGGGCAGCCAGGAUUCAAACGCUGACCUCUGUCUCCUCAGCCUGCACUGAACCAACCGAUGCCAAUGAGAAGGCUGACUUUUUAAUGUCUCCGUGUGAUCUGGCAGAUUCGCUGGUCGCUCUUCUGUGCCCGAGGAAGAUCACCUUCUGGCAGCUGGGUGCUUCUCCCCAAAGUGUUCACUCGGGUCAACCACACACAGCGCUUCCAUAAGGCAUGCGUUUCUCAGCUACAUUAAUAGCAGUUGUUGGGGUGGCCAGAGAGAAAGCGUCCAUGGCCAGAAAUGACCCAGGGGCAUUACUUACACAAGCUCAUGAGCCCGGGCUGAGGGACAGGAAAUGGCAGGCGGGUAGAUCAGCUCUGCCCCAUACUAGCUGUGUGUCCUUGGGCAAGUCACUUGCCCUCUCUGGAGAAGAGAGGCGGUUUAAGUACAUGGUCCUCCUAAAGGUCCUUUCCCUGUAAUACAGCACAGAGACUGAGAGCGGGGCCUCUGGGGUCAGAGACGGGAAUUCAAGUCUUGGCCCUGCCUCUCCUAGAGGCCUUGAUCUAGGACAUCCCUUCACUUCUUGGGGGGCGAAGCUUCGCCAAGCACAGUCGGUGACUCGGGUGCCAUCCUCAGGGACCGCAGUGAGCAGGCAUGUUGUUCAUACACGGAAAGGCUCUCUGCAAACGUGUAACCAGCAGCAUCGUCCUUCUCUCCCGAGCCCUCGUCGCCCAGGCCGUCCAGCACCAUGUCCGCAGCUCCCGCCAGCAACGGCGUGUUCGUCGUCAUCCCGCCCGGCGAUGCCAGCGGCCUCCGCCCGCCUCCAGCCAUCCUGCCCAGCCCCUUGUGCCAGCCUCCCGGGGUGAUGCAGUUUGAGGAGCCGCCGCUGGGGGCACAGACCCCAAGGGCCACCCAGCCGCCCGACCUGCGGCCCACGGAGACGGAGACGUUCCUGACGGGGGAGCCCAAAGCUUUAGGGACCGUCCAGAUCCUCAUCGGCCUCAUCCACCUGGGCUUCGGCAGCGUGCUGCUCAUGGUGCGCCGUGGCCACGUGGGGAUGCUCUUCAUCGAAGGCGGCGUCCCCUUCUGGGGAGGAGCCUGCUUCGUCAUCUCAGGGUCCCUCUCCGUGGCAGCCGAGAAGAACCACACCAGCUGCCUCGUGAGAAGCAGCCUGGGGACAAACAUUCUCAGCGCCGUGGCGGGCUUUGCGGGGACAGCCAUCCUGCUCAUGGAUUUCGGUGUCACUAACUGGGAUGUGGGCAGGGGCUAUCUGGCCGUGCUUACCAUCUUCACCAUCCUGGAGUUCUUCAUUGCGGUCAUUGCCACCCACUUCGGGUGUCAAGCCACCAGCGCUCAAGCCAACACGCCUGUGAUUUUCCUGCCCCACGCCUUCAGCGCUGACUUCAACAUCCCCAGCCCCGCAGCCUCUCCGCCUCCCGCCUACGACAAUGUGGCAUAUGUGCCCAAGGAGUCAUCCGAGUAGAGGUCACUCCGCCGGUUGGAGUCCAGCCUGUCCCCCGUGGGCCCAGCCUUUCCCCCACCCCCACCGCGUUAAUCUGGGGGCAGCCCAUCCCCCCACCCCCAUCCUCACACAUCGUGGCACCCAGGUGAAGUGUUCCCCCGGGGACGUCUGUCCCACACAUCUCCCUCAGUGGCUUCUUUCCUAAAAGAGCUAGUUGAUGUCAAGGGUGGGUGUCCCUCACUCAGCUCCCUGGGCCCUGUCACCCUUCUGGAACUGUCCCCAUGUGCUGCUCUGCAUUUCUCUCGGUUUCCUCGGGGGAAUCCCUGGCCUCACUGGCAGACAGGUUCAAGGCUGCCCUCGGGUCUUGGGAAGACCGUUAAGCUCAGGAGCCCAGAAUCCUCCAGAAAAGAGUCCAAGUGCUGAGGCCACACAGCUGGCCGUGGCCUGACCUCAGGGCUCCAGGCUCCAGGACCAGCUCUCUGCUUUGCAAUCAUGGCAAUGUCAUGAGCCUCAGUUUUCCCACCUGGAAACUAAAGCAUUAACUACAUGGCAUCCAAGGCCCUUCCCAGGGCUCCUCGAAGUCCUGGUCUAAGUCAGGCGAUGUCCCCCCAGGCCCCUGGAGAAGCUCAUUUUCCUUAUGUAUUAAAUGGAGUCAGGUUUGGGGAGGGUGCAGGGGAGGGCUGAGGCCAGCCCACUGCACCCCAGUCAGCAUCCACAGGUGCACAGCCAUGGCAGCCCCUCCCCACCGGGGACCAGAGCUUCCCCUGAAGGUCACUGUGAGCUGAGCUGGGGUCUGAGGCAGAGGACACACCCCUACCAGAUGUCAGAGGUCCUGGUGGGUGGCUCGUCUCAUCCAUACCACAGAGGGAAAUAAACAGAGUGGC